AGGUAAUGCACGUUGCACGAUCAAAACACGAGGAGAAAACAAAAAAUCAAAAGUAAUAGUGUUUUUUAAAUUUCAAUUCUAUUAAUUUUUUAAAAAUGUAUAUAUACUCCUGACAAAAAAUAAUCUGAAAAUGAUAUUAUUAUUAUUAUCUACUAAUUUUAAAUAACCGUUGAUCAUGUUUGUGAAGAAGGGUUUACAUAUAGUUAACAGAAACCUAAAGUUUAUCAAACACAACCUAUAUAAUAAUGACAGGAAACUGCAUAUCCCAAAAGUAACUUUAAAGAUGAAAAAUAAUAUUGUGUGGAUGGAUAUGGAGAUGACAGGAUUAGAUAUUGAAAAUGAUAAAAUAUUAGAAAUUGCUUGUUUAGUAACAAAUGAAGAUUUAAAAAUAAUAAGCACUGAUUUUCAAAUUGUAAUACACCAACCUGAUGAUGUAUUGAAUAAUAUGAAUAGUUGGUGUAUUAGAACUCAUUCUGCGUCAGGAUUACUUGAUGUAGUAAAGAGUAGUAAAAACACAGUGCAAGAUGCCGAAAGUAAAUUAAUGGAGUUUUUGCGAACUUAUGCCACCGAAAAAAUCACUCCGUUGGCAGGUAACACUAUUUGGAUGGACCGAAUUUUUUUACGUAAAUAUCUACCAAUCGUCGAUGAAUAUUUAAAUUAUCGAAUUAUCGAUGUAUCAACUAUCAAAGAAUUAGCAAGACGUUGGAACUCACAAGUAUUUGAAGAAGGACCAAGUAAAAGAUACAAUCAUCGUGGGUUAGAUGAUAUAAAAGAAAGUAUUGUUGAAUUAGAAUACUACAAGAGAUCGUUCUUCAAGUUAUGAGUUAAUAUAAAUUUUUUUUAAACUUGUAAAAAUGAAUUGUCGUAUUAAAUUGAUAUAAAAAAAAUUAAUUGAAGAAGAAAAAUUGCGAUAAAGAAAAAGUUUCCAAUAUUUAUAUUUUCUCCCAUUGAAAUAAACUGUCCGAAAGAAUUAAAUUUAAUUGAAUUGAAAAAAUUUUAUAAAUCAAUUUUGUUAAAAUUAUGUAUCGAUGUCAAAUAAAACAUUUUUUUUAGGGCCGCGUGGCAAUUUAAAACUCAACGUGUCGCGUAAUUUUGAAUUGUGAUUGGUUAAAAUUUGAUGAUUAAUAGCAGCCAAUAAGGAACAAGAAGAAAAAAAAUUAUAUAUA